AACCAGAGAAUGGGAAAGCAGUUUUCUGGAAAGCCCACAGUAAAUGGGGUAACCUUGCAGCUAAUAUCAAACCGGCCUGCCCACUGGAAUCACUUAGCUAGGGGUCAUUUCUUUCGACAAGGCCGUUUACGCCGUGGAUUCCCCCCAAGUGGACCGGCUCUUGCUGAAUCGAUAAAGGAGAGACAGGGAGAGAGGGAGAGCCCAAGUACCGACCAGCCAAAAAGCAACGCAGCCGAAUCACACGUCAAAUAAAGAACACACGCCCAGCUUCCCAAUUCAAUUUGUCGCAGCAACCUCACCUCACACACAUCGAGCGCAGAUGGCCAUUGCUGCCGCGCCUCAGUCGAGCCACCCGUGACGGCGAUCCGUAACCCGGGCCGGAACCGAGAACGGUAACGAACCGAGGUUGGACGCCGAAGAUAUGGGAAGAGGAAGGGAACAAGGGCCGAGAAACGCCGAAACACAGCAGAGAUCUACAGCACCGGAGCAGGCUCGUGGAAGCACCGCCUGAAGGGGCGCUGAAUCGCCAGACAGGAAGUUAGCCGGCUUCCUUGGCCUGGCCUCACUCGCUGCCAUUCAACCACGCCUCCGCGCUUGCACCAACGUGCAAUCUCGCCGCCUCCGAACCAAGCCAUACAGGACAGGGCGCCACGCUUCGAGGAGAUGUCGCUGAAUGGACUGGACGCACCCGAACUCAAGGAAGCCCACGACGCUGCUGCCGCUGAGCCAGGAGGAUGGUUCAUCCUACAAUACUCCGGCCGCGAUGCCGUCGAGCUCCUCGGCAUGGGCAGUGGGGGCAUAGUCGAGAUCCGGAACGCCAUCGCCCAAUACGAGGAGCCGUCGCCCCUUUACGGCUUUCUGCGUUAUCGUCGACGGAACGUCAUCGUCAAGUACCUCCCGGACAAUUGCUCUCGACUGGUUCAAGCCCGAGUUAGCGUACACCUGGAUUCGGUGUGUGAACGCUUCUCGCCCCAUGACACCGUGUUCGAGAUUGCCACGGCAAAGGAGUUGAAGGACACACGUUUGUCUGCCGCUUGCUCGCUCCACACAGCGUCCGGAUCAAUGUCCUCAUCCACUAGCUCGCUCCGCCGCCGGCGCCUGAUGGAGAUCGCGGAGGAGGAGGAAGAGGAACAGCGGGCGACAAAGCGGCAGUCAGUUGGCGCUGCUGGCGGGGAUGACCGGCCCAGCUCGCCCGCAGAACCCCCCGUGGCUCUGGACCCAUCACUCGCCACAUCGCCUGAGGCGUCACAGUUCUCUGGAGCGGCCGAACCACCCGCUUUUGUGGGCGUGCCACGCCCUGCGUCACCUGCCAAGUCGCUCGAUGCCAGUGGAAGCGGCUCCUUCCAGGCUGGCCGGUCCGACUACUCGGGAUAUUCUUCGUCUCCCUUCUCAGCUAGGCCCAAAGUGAAGCUCGGCCCACGACCUUCCCUCGAUACGAGCGGCCGGCCUCGAACCGCUGCCGGGAGCACCUUCAGGCCCGUGUCGACAAUACCUGUUGGUUUCAAGAUGAUGUCCAAAACGGGCAAGAAGGACAGACCGCAAGACGCUGACGAAGAGCAUGUGGACACUGAUGACCUGGACGACCCGACGGAGGAGACGCCCCCUAUCUCGUCUCUACAAGGUGGGGAGCUUGCCUCGAUGGAGCAUCUCCCUUCCCCAGACACCAACAACACACCACCCCCCAGGCCGCGCACCAGUGGUGGGAGAUCGACGAUCGCCAGUUCUGGCAACAAGGCAGUGCCCUCUUCCGCGGGCAAACCAGGCCCCACAGGGCCCAGCAUGAUGAGCCCCGAGAAGUCGCGGCUCAUGAAGGCGAUGCAGCUUAGAGAAAAGAAAAAGAAGGAGCAGGAGGCGCUCAUGGCCUUGACUGGUCCGGCGGAAAGUGUCGACGAUGGCUCAACGGCAGCCGAAAAGUCGGACGCCGCGCCGCCGCACAUGGACGACGACGUUGAUGAGCUACCCAGCUUUACCGAAUGUCCUCAACAAGGCCGGGCAGCCGAAGAAGGGAAGGACUUGGGGGAGACAGGGGCAGUCGCCGGCGAGGAUCAGACACUGCAAAGCUCCAGGGACGAGACGCCGGAUGAAAGUUCCUCCCUGCUACUCCCUGACCGAUCAUCGGUAGAUGCGCAGACAGAUUCGCAUCCUCCGUCUCCUCUGGUCGCGUCUUCCGAGAUCGGUAACUCGACCAAAGCCUCUUCUGUGUCCGGGUCCACCGACGAAACGGCGUUGGAGUCCAAGGGCGGCGUCGCCGAUUCAACAACCAACUCUGGAGACGAGCGUCCUAGAACCGCGACUCCAGAAACCGCAGAUGGUGAUACCACGAGCACGGGGCCGCAACAACCGACGCAGGCUGAAGAGAUGACUCUAGCAAUGCUGGAUACCACGGACGUGCGUUGUCCGGAUUUGAGUGGGACACAUUCCGAGGCUUCCACAAGUGCUACCAGGGGCAUUCUUGGGGACACAGCAGACGCUGUCGGGAAUGCUGAAAGCGAGCACGUCCCUUGCGCGCCGCCAGGGACCCUGGAAGCGCCGCUGCUGAGGACGCCAACAUACGAUUUCUCAGGCAUGCCACAAGAGGACCAACAACUCAGGGUCACUGCGGAGAGCACCAGAGUCAGCGUACUGGCCGACAGAACAUCGACUGGCGACCAGCCUGGGCCUGACACAGGUCCAGAGGCAGACACGGCCCAGGCAGACCUUGAAACAAAGCGACCAGGGCUCCUGCCGGCGGCUGGCGUUGAGCCUAUCCAGAUCGGGCUUACAGUAGGCGUGACAUCUACGGUAGGGGCUACUAUCGGCGAGGAGCCGGUACAGGAAAUGCACUCGGUAACCCUACCCGAAGCUAGGUCAACGCUCAUGUCCAAAUCCCCCGUCACGCCUGUCUUUCCCCCGCCAGGUGGCGGCGUCUGCAAUGAUGGCAGCUCGAGCCCCGUGUUGGAUGUAUCUGGUUCUGACGGGCCCGGUGCAGCCGUGGCGCCGGCCCGCCACGCGGCCCGCGCCGUGUCAAACCCCAUGUCCAAUGGACAGUCAGCGGGUGUUAGCGACGCACCGCCGCUGCAGCCACCGGGUAACAGGGCAGCGUCUUCGGGGCCGGCGUUUCUACAGAGGGUGGCGCAGCAGCGACCUGGGUCGUCCUCGUCGGUGGCGUCCGUGUCGGGCAGUGUGGCGGCCAAGAAGUUGGGCGUGGGCAGCAGCAUAUCACAGCGCAUCAAGGCGCUGGAGAAGCUCUCUUCGUCUUCCGGGGGACUUGCGACCCCGAGCAACGUCCCAGAACGGCCGCAGUCGGCCUUCUUUUCGGUGCGGCCGACCAGCGUGCGGGAACCAUCGAGAUCCCCGUUAGUUGCCGAGCGAGCCAGCUCUCUGCGUGUUGAGAAGCACACGCCAUCGGCGCCACAGGCCCAAGACCGAGAGGCCUUGGUAGCAGCCGCGGGGGGCCUGCGCGAACGAUCGGGAUCCAUCUCGAGCAGGCUUUCGGUUUUUGAGGGCGGGAGCGUACCCCGAGGCCGACCAGAGUCGAUUCAGGUGACGGCUCGAAUCGUGCGAGAUCCCCUGCAGUCCCUCCAAAAGGCCGCAGAGCUCCCGCGGGCCGACACCGGAGAGCCCGCUUCUUUGGAUCUCAAGCAGUCGUCCCUCGUGGUCGAUCAUCGCCGACCCACCACAAGCCCGUCGGGUGGAAUGCUCGACGUGGCCACAGAGCCGCGCAAGACUACCAUCCUUCAGCGCAGGCUUUCGCGGGACCAGCGCAGAUCCCAGUCGGCCGAGGAUAAUGAUGGAGCGGCCGUGGACUCCAACAACAACGGCGAGUCUGAAGCCACGACCGAAGACAGUCCACGUCGCCGGUCGUCCCUGACAAUUGUCAAAGACUUUAUCAAGGAUCGCCGCAACUCGGUAUGGGACGCCAUGUCGCCAUCGACCGACAAUCUGAGUCUUGGGCCUGGGGCUGUCAGUCCAUCUAGGUCGCCCUCCCGUCCCCCGUCGACACACCGCAACUCGGUCUUCCCACGCCGACUCAGCACCUCUAGUCGUCGCUCUUCGAUAAGCAAGGACCGUGACGGCGUCGCAACACCGCUCCUCUCGCCCACUCGCACGACCGAUACGAGCGGCUCAGGCGACGAAUCCAUGGGCCGGAUAGGGGGCAACGAUAGUCAGAAGAAGAACGGCAAGAGUCGGGCCAGCCGCUUCAUCAGGCGUCUCUCGAAUUCCUUGAGCUCCAGCCGCAAGGUGGUGACACAGACCAGAUCUCCCACCGUCACCGAGGAGACCUUCGACGCCGAGGCAGCCCGCGCCAUGGCCGGAGCCGCCCAGCAGCAGAAGCAGCCCGUCGUCGUGGCCGAUAUGGGCGACGUUAAUGUCCAGUUCCCAGACAAUCUUCUCUGGAAGCGCCGGGCCAUGUGUCUCGACUCACAGGGAUUCCUGGUCCUCAGCGCAGGACAGACAGCCGCGGCCGCUGGCUCCAUCGUCACCAAACGCUACCACCUCAGCGAGUUUAAAGCCCCUUACGCUCCUGAGAUGGAGCAGCAAGAACUACCCAACAGUGUCUGCUUGGACUUUGUGGAUGGUUCAAGCCUGCAGAUCGCGUGCGAGGACCGCGCCGGUCAGGUCACCGCUCUCCAGGAGCUUCAAGUGGCCCACCAGAACCACACGACGUUCGGGCAGUAGGACCGCCAACCACCCCAGGAACGCUGCAAUGUGUGAAUGCUAGUUCUGGCUUUUCCCCAUCUUUUUUUUCUCUAACUUUUCUCAUGUUUUCUAUUUAGUCACCUCCCACACACUUCUCAUGAACUUCUCCAAACCCUCAAUCCCAUUUCUCCCUGUAUCCCUCUUUCCAUUCGUCCCCUCACCGCUGCACCUUUGCUUCCCUUUCGCUGUGCCUCCUCAUGCCCCGUUUCUCUCGCUCUCAAAAUUCCCUGGCUAUUGUUGUGUAUCAAGACAAGGCCUAUAUGAGACCCUGGGCGCGCCGCUGCUGCCAUGUUCUGUCCCAUUUCCUUCGAAGCACCUCUCCAUCUCCAUUCACCCUUGACUAUUUAACCCACUCUUGCCGGUUCUAUCCCUCAAUUCCCUUUGUCUUUCAGUAAACAGCCAAGAUACCCACAACGUAGCUUGGAGAAGGUCUUGUUUUUCUUUCCUCGGCGGUUUCUUAUUUUAACUACAAAUGCCCCCACCCUCAACCGACCUUCCCUUUCCUGCUGGGGUUCCUCCUCUCGCCAACUGUCUUAUGUGCACUCUCCUCGCGCGUUGCAGUUUCUCUGAAACUGCAGCAUCUAUUUCAAAUCAGAUGCUUACGCCGGGCACAUCCAUAUAUCGUUCCCCCGUUCGCACGACAAACACAUACCCCCACGACCAAGUCUACGCAAUACGUAGUCUCAGUCUUCUAAUUUUCCCCCUUUUCUUGUCUUUUUUUUUCUCCCCCCUGCCCCGUCUUAUUUUAUUUUCGGGUCAUCACUUGACUUGUUGAUUUCCUUUGUAUCCCCCCCCUUAUCGCCUGAUCCCAACAAUUCCAACCUUUUCCAACUCACCUUUCCGUUGGCCCCACGCUGAGCGAUAAUCACCAGGCGCUAUUGUCAGGCACCAUUACUUCGUGAGCAUUUGUCUCGUUGGCAAGGGUGGAUUUGUUAGUUUGGUAAUUUAGUGCCAGAAAAUUAGAAUCGAGUCUUCUUUUUUUUUUUCUACCCUCGUUUUACUUUCCACGAUCAGGCCCCCCGUUUCUGGUUAUUGACGUUCAUUUCUGAUCCAACGUUUAACCGAUGAAGGAGGGGACAUAUCUGCUCACCCGGGGCGUUGAUUCGUAGCCUUCAUGUGUCUCAUGACCUCUAGGGCGUAGGAUAGUGAAAUAGCCAUAGCAGUGUGGCCCUUUAUCAUCCUGCCACAUAAUCAAGACGGAAAGCACCACAGCCUAUGACGUGAAAACGUUCAAUAGGGUGCAAUUGAUAUCAUCACCAUA